AUGUCAUCUCUCUUCAAAUAUUCUGCGGUUCUGCGGACUAUCAAGGCGCGUGAGCACUGUCACAGCUUGAAGAAAGAGAAGAAGAAGAUGUUCAAGCACAGAGAGACAGAUUACAAGACAUGUUAUAAUACCUUGAAGAGACUCUAUGAGAAGAAGAAGAAGAAGAAUGAGAAUAAGAAGUGA